AUGAAGACCUUCAGCAUCGUCCUCGCAGCCGGCCUCAGCGCCACGGCCGUCGCCCAGAACGACGCAGCCUACCUCUCCUCCGUCGCUGCCUCCGUCUCCGCCCUCGUCGCAUCCCUCUCCGCCAACGUCGUCGCACAAACCUCCGCCGCCGGCUCCGGCAGCCCAGCAGACUCCAGCCGCAACAGCGCCGCCUACGCCGCUGCAACCUCCGCAAUGGGCGCCCAGAGCUCCAUCAUCGACGCCGCUCUCUCCAGCGUGUACGUCGCUCAAUCGAUCGCAUCCGCCCAGAUUGCGAGCAUCACCGGCCAGGCUGCGACUGCGACUGGUGCUGCGCGCUCUUCGCUCGCUGCUGCUGGAUCUUCCGCAUCUGAGGUUCUCGCCUCGGCUUCCAACGCUGCUGGCGCAGUCUCCUCCGCUGGCGUGUCCGGCAUGUCUGGCAUGUCUACUGGCACAACUACCCGCCCAUCUGGCACUGGCGCCGCUCAGUCUGGCUCGUCUACUGGAUCUUCCGAGGCUUUGGCUGCCGCUACCCACGCACCAAUGAUUGCUGCUGGUGCCGUUGGUGCCGUCGGCAUGGCUGUUCUCGCUUACUUGUAA